GGCAAUAACUUUUUUUUUAUCUGCAGUGACACCUGUAAUUCUUUUAUUUACCUCUUGUUUGUCUAAUUUUCUCCAAUAAAAUGGCUCGUUACUUCAAGGAACAGGAUAUCGAUGAGUUCAGGGAGUGUUUCUAUCUUUUUGCACGGACCAAAUCUGGUCAAAUAACAUCCCUCGAUGAAUUGACAGUGAUUAUGAGAUCACUGGGACUAUCUCCAACAAUUCAAGAGUUGACUGGGUACUUGAAGAAGAAGAACGGUAAAAUGAGUUUUGCUGACUUUCUGGAAAUCAUGCACCAACACUCAACCGUGGAAAAUCUUCCGGAUGAAGUAAUUGAAGCCUUCAAGGCUGCUGAUCCAGAGGGAAAGGGUACCAUAUCAGCUAAGCAACUUCGUCACCUUCUUCAGAAUUGGGGUGAAGGCUUAUCAGUAAGAGAGGUCGACAAUAUAUACAGGGAAGCAAAUGUGUCCAACAAUGGAACGGUACGCUAUGCAGAUUUUGUUAAAAUUGCAUGUGCUCCAGUUCCAGAUUACUACUGAGAAAAUUCCACUUCUUAUGAAGGAGCUUCCAGCAACUCUUCCAUUUUGCAAUUUUAUACCCAUUUUUUCGUAGAAAAGUAUUGCACGGGUUUUCUAAUAACAAUUUAUUGAAUAAAUUAAUAUUAAUUUAUUUGCACAAAGUA